ACGAACGACCAAGAAAAUAAUAAUAAUUACCGCUUUAUUAUGAACCGCAGUUUCAUAUAAUUUACCAUUUAAGUCAUGCAAGGUACAGUCGAUUCCAGCAUCUUCUAACUGCAAUAAACCCACCACCACCACCAGUCGCUGCCGCCACCGCCGCUACGCAUAAAAAAAUGUUGCCGUUUAAUACAAUCGAGGAGGCUGUUACAUUCCUCGGACGCAACCUGACGAUGGCAGAGACAUUGUGGUUCAAUUACUCGGCUAAAAAAUCGGAUUACUAUCUUUACUGCCACAACAUUCUGUUUUUGUUUCUGAUAUUCUCUUUGGUGCCUUUGCCGCUGGUUUUUGUGGAGAUGAUGAAAUCUCUGGAAUUCCAUAAGUACAAGAUUCAGCCCAAAGUUAGCUUGUCGUUCUCUGAGAUGUUCAAGUGUUAUAAAGAUGUAAUGCGGAUGUUCGUUCUUGUCGUGGGUCCUUUACAGUUAGUGUCUUAUCCUUCAGUCAAGAUGAUUGGGAUUCAAACAGGGUUGCCAUUGCCAUCAGUGUGGGAGAUUUUGUCACAGUUGACGGUAUAUUUCAUGAUAGAAGAUUAUACCAAUUAUUGGAUUCACAGAUUCCUACAUUGUAAAUGGGGCUAUGAGAACAUUCACCGGGUUCACCAUGAAUACGCUGCUCCAAUUGGGUUUGCUGCACCAUAUGCUCAUUGGCUGGAAAUUUUGAUCCUUGGAAUUCCAUCUUUUCUUGGGCCUGCAAUUGCUCCGGGACAUAUGAUCACAUUUUGGCUGUGGAUAGCUUUACGGCAAAUCGAAGCAAUAGAGACACACAGUGGAUAUGAUUUCCCCUGGGCACCCACAAGGUUUAUCCCAUUUUAUGGUGGUGCUGAUUACCAUGAUUACCAUCAUUAUGUUGGAGAACAAAGCCAGAGCAACUUUGCUUCAGUUUUUACUUAUUGUGAUUAUAUCUAUGGCACCGACAAGGGCUAUCGAUACCAUAAGAAGGUCCUAAGGAAGUUGAAAGAGCAAUCUAAACCUAAUGGUGCUCAGAAUGGGGCUUCAUACUAUGUUCCUACCCAAGAUCUUAAAUCAGAAUAGACGCUCAUCAACAGAGCAACUUGCUGGAGCAGCUUCUUCAGCAUACCUCUCGCACGUGACGACUCAUGGAAAUCUGAUUUCAACUUGACAUCAUUGUUAGUGUACAUUUCUUAAGUGAUUCAGAUGAAGAGUAACACGGCCAUUUUGAAAUGUGAUUUGGGGUGUAGCUUGACGAAUAUAUAUCAGUUCUCAUUGUCUAGGUUUUAAAAUCUGUCCUGUGUUUACAACCUUUUGUCUAAGCUAAGAAACUAUAAAUCAGAAUCAUGGUGUGUAUUUUGGGUUGUGCCCCAAAAUUAUUUAAAGGGUUAAGUAUAGUAUCUCCAUUUGUUGAUCA